GCUCAAGCCAAGCAGAUUGCAGCACUCACUUCGGAGCUCGACAGGCUGGCCAAGCAUGGACCCUCUUCGUCGGGUGGGAGCCCGCAGUCGGGCCCGAAAGACGGCGAUCCGAAGGAGGUGGAGGCUGAGCAGUGUCGGGAACGGAUCGAGAUGCUGUGCCAGACGAUUCAGAAUCUGGACGGGGAUCGCGAUAAGGAGUGCAUCGAGGGGCUGCAAGCCAAGGUCAAGGAGACUCGCGAGCAGCUCCAGCGGCUCAAACCCCAGAUCACCCAGCACACCAACGCGGGGCACCUGUUGGCGGAGCUGGAGCGCAAGCGGAUGGCCGCCUUGCAGAAGAAAAAGGAGCAGGAGGAACUCAUCACGGCUGCGCAGUUGGAGAUUGGCAAGCAGGACGCGGCUGUUGCGAAGUUCGAUGUGGAGAUCGUGGAGGCCAAGCGGGCGCUGGCGAGCACGAUUCCCGAUGACGUUUUCUUCGACUGCGACGAGACAGACUUCGUGGAUGACCAAGAAGUCAGGGACAUGUUCGCGUCGGCGGCCUGGGAGAGGUAUCAUGACAAGGUCAAGGAGAAGGGAGGAGAAGAACCUGAUGACAAGGACGUGGAGACCCUGUGGCAGGCAACCAAGGGGGAGAAGCGGAACUUGCUGGAGCAGUCAGAUGUUAAGAUGUCGAAGGAGGAGCCCGUGUUUCGGUUCUACUUCGCCAACAUCACCAGUUACGGGGACAAGUUCAAGGACCAGAUCAGAACCUGGUCUAAGGGGACGUGGCUCGAGGAGAGUGGGCCGCACCUAGUCGGUUUCGUGGAGCACCACAUGAUGGGGCCGAAGCUCACUGAGGCGAAGAAGGGGCUCCGCAGACAGGGAUGGCGGGGAGAUUUCGUUCGCGCCCAGCCUGCGAUCAAUG